CUUCUUCUCAAUUGUUCUCGUGUCUUUGAUUAGAUGCAUGUUAAGUACAUUAACUUAACCGCGCUACAAUCUCACGAUGAACAAUGUAACGUUAGCAGUUGUUUAAGUCACUUUACUUGACUUAUAUGCCAAUAAGAAAUAACAAAGAUAACGAUUUGCAGUUUAUAUUGUUGUCUGAGACAAUCUGGAGAGGGGAGGACAUUUGAAUCCACCCCCACAGUUGUCUGUUGCGGUAGAUUCCAGCGCUUCACUCUUUUAUUUGACCAUAAUGUCAACAAUCCAUCCCAAACCUGGUUGGGCCAUAAAGUACACGUGUUUAUUAAUACAUUACGUUUAUUUAUUCAAUGAUAUAAACAGUCAAUUUCUUCAAGACAAUGCAUUAUCAAUAUCAUGCCUAUUUAAGUGCACUAAAACCUAAUUGAGGUUUAAAAUAUUCAAUACAAUUAAAAUGUAACCAAUCCCAGAAGUGUUUGUUUUUGACAGCAAACAAGAAUUGCUCACUAAUACUUUGACUUUGUUAAAGUAGCCCUUGUAAUUAUAUUGUUAUUUGAUAAGUUGACCUAGAGCACGCUCUUAAUAUUAUUACUGUGACUUGAGUUGUGAUAAACGGACCACUUAUAAUAAACAAUAUUUAUCAUCUAUAGGCUGGCAAAAGGAUUGAGUCCCUGAACUAUGCCUACACUCUCUGCGCAUGCUUUUUGUAAUAUGCACUGAUCAAAAGAGUCAAUUAGAAACUACUGUUAAUCUCCCCAAUCAUAAAAAAACAUAGCUUGAUGACAACCAUUUCUAAAAUGACAAAAGCACUUCAACCAUAACACUAAUGUGUAUGAUGACACUAAGUGUAUACUUUGUGUAUAACUAAGAAUAUUUCUUUCAGGUUUCUAUCAAUUAUCCAACUCAAACACUGACGAGGGAGUGCCAUCCUGAGGAAGAUCCCAUAAUUAAAUCCAUAGCUCUGAAGAGAUGGAAAGAGGCUGCCAGUCAUGCACUGAAGCAUCGUCACCUGCAAGACGAAAUCAAAGAUGAAGUCAUCAAGUUAAUAAGAAAAGAAUGCGAUGUACUGUGCUCUCGCAAGUAUGACUUCAUUCUGUGGAAGUCUAAACCGGCAGACCUCAAGUCAUUCUCCUUCAAAUGUUUAAGAGAUGACCUCCAUCGGCUUGCUCCCUUUCUACUUUCAUUUUUCAACUGUGUCACAAACAACAACGACUUAGCUAGCUGUACUGCUGCAGCCAUUGCAAUAAGAGGCAGAAAACCGCAGCUAGCAGCAUUAUCGUAUUGGAUCAACACAGUUCUCCAGUAUGGCGGAGCAAAAAAGUCUGUCUUCAAUCGCCUCUCAAAAUUGUCGAUCACCACAUCCCAUAGGAAAGCAGUUAAAAAGCAACACGAGUUGGCACUUGGCUGUGGGGCUGAUUUUGUAGAAUUUAAAAGUGGCUUGAAAGCUACAGACACUGAACUGUCAGAGGGAUCAGAAAGCCUUGAGGACUUUCAUCUCACAGAUGAAAACCUCACAACAGCCCCCAGACAUGAAGAGAGUCCUGUGACCUGCCCACCAUCAUACCAAAUAAUUAUGGACAACCUGGAUUUUUUUGUACACACUCACAGCCAGUCCAUCAACAACACCAACAAGAGUAUACACUGGAUACACCAUCUUGCAGUCAAAGACCGUGUACCUACACAUCACUUCUCUAACAUCAAACCAACAACAGACAUUCAACAGUACAAUCUGAAAUCCUCACUUCCUCAGCGGAGCACUCAGGCUUUAAUGCGCAGGGAAUUUAUUGUUCUUGCCACUAGAAUGCUGACAAAGUACAUGUCAGUAUUCGAAAGCUUUGGAGAGUCAGUGGUUAAUCACAUUCCUCAUCAGUAUUCCAGUGAAAUGUCAGCAAGAUCAACUGAUGUAAGUUGGAACAUAUUGUAUUUUUUCAACACUGCAUACAUCUCUGAUGUACUCUUUCCUCUCUAAAGUUCCCCUUAGGCCUCUUUUUUAAAAAUGAGAACCAGAGAGGUGACUUAGUGGAAGUCUUGAGAGAAAUUCAGCAAGAGCACAUGCUCAAAGACGCUGAUUGUGUGCAACACUUACUAAUUGGAGGGGACCGUCUCACAGAGGCUAACUGUCGCAAUGUGCAGUGGGGAUUUUCAGACGCAGAUACUAAGGAGGAAAGAAUGGAGGGAAUGCAUUUUAAAUUUGAGGACUGGCAUGCUAUCAGAGUUCUGUUUGAGAUCCAUCACAAGAUCUUUUUCAAAGAGUCCACCACAGACCAUGGCACACUAUUUGCGAACAUGACCAAGUUGAGUUUCUGAUGACUCAAUCAACUGUGAACAUGGCUGUUCUUUGUUCUGGGAUGGGAAAUGCAGACAUCAUGAAUUCAGCUCUGCUGUUCCCGGGGAUGUUGGUUGUGACAUUGGCAGGGUGCAGCGCUGCCAAGAGUGGACCUCAUUCAGCAUUCAAUGCUUACAGGGACUUUGUGAUCAAGGACACAACAGCCCUAUUCCUAGCAGCUGUGAUUGAGCAUCUUGGUUUUCUUCAUGUCACAGAUUGUCCUGAGUCCCUCAUACCACAGCACAUCAAGGAGGCCUCUCCAGAAGCAAGAAGAUCAUGGUUCAACAAAUUAACAGCUGAAAUUGUGGACAAAUAUGUUCUUCUUCCUGGCAUCACAGAAGCUGCAGAGUCUGCUAGAAAAGCAUCUGCAACACCGGUUCUAAAGAAUCAGUUCCCAUGUCGAAUGGAGGGUUGUUCACGCACAUUCACAUAUUACAAAAGCAGACUAACCCAUGAACAGAAAAUGCACAACCUGGUUAUUCCAACUGACACCACCCCAGCCAUCAGCUCAGAUCGCGAUCACAAGUAUGAACACACUGUUGCCAGAUUGGGUUUCAGCUUCAUUCUUUUGGACUUUAUGGAUGCAGUAAAGGAAGGAGACGGCGAAAGGCUGAUGCGUCUCUACACAGUUGCUCUGUUGUUUUACAAAGCAUAUGGACAUACAAGCUAUGCUUACAGUACGUUCAUGCUUACUGUACAACUGAAUGCCACGUUGUCUCCACAGGUUGCUCACAGUCUCAUGUGGAACAGAUUCUGGAGCACCAGGGGAGGCAAGGGACGAAACAUUCCACUAGAUUUGCAUCUGGAGCACUUAAAUGGAUUUUUGAAAUCUUUCCUGAAGGGCCUUGGGCCUAACCUAAAUGAGACUUCAGCAGCCAGAAUAAGCAGGUCCAUUGCUGUCUUCAAAGAAAUGAUGGCCGGCACCGAUUUGGAAAUGGGAAUAUCGAGGCAAACUGGUGCUCAUCAUGUGGACAUGACCAAAGACAUCCUCACCUUGGUAGACACACUGCAAGAGGCAGAGCUUUUUAAACAAAAAGCAGGUCGUGUCUAUGCUGCCUUCCCUGGUUUCCAAAGAAACCUACUGUCAAAACUGGAUCCAAAGGCACUUUGGAAGUGGAUGAUGAGCAAGCUCAGUGAAUGGCGUAGUGUCCCUUUGUAAAGCUUUUGAGACAUUUCAAUCAUUAUUGUUGGCAUUGUAAAUAGCUAUAUAUUUAAACAAGCGAUUUCUGUUUUAAAUUUAUUAACAUUUUAUUAAAACUAUUUUUUCCUUCAAA